AUGCCAAACCAUACUGUCGGAGUGUUUCCCGCAGCAGGAGGAAUUGGCGGGGCGACUGUUAAACACCUCUUGCCGCGCCUUCCGUCAUCAAGCCUAGUCUUCAUCGCUCGAAGCCCAGAAAAACUCAAAUCCCUCCCCGUCGGAGAAGCAGUCCUGCGCCGUGCAGACUACGAUGACGACGAAAGCCUUCAGCACGCAUUUGAUGGAUUGCACACGCUUUUUCUGAUAUCAUACGCGUCGGUGGAGCAUGAGUAUCGGACUGAGCGCCAACGCGUUGCAAUUGACCUGGUGAUUCAGAGCGGGGUGAAUUAUAUCUUCUACGGCUCUUUGGGAUAUGGUGGUAAGCCGGAGAACGGCGAGUCUGUGGCCCACGUCAUGCAGGCGCAUCUGGACACUGAAAGAUAUCUGGAAGAGUGCGCUCGCCAGCACAAAGGCUUUGGAUACACAGUGAUUCGUGAGGGUCUCUACUCUGAGUCUUACCCUCUCUAUACGGCUUUCUUCGAUCUCACGCACCCUGUGGAUGAAAUCAAAAUCCCACAUGAUGGAUCGGGCCCUGGAAUUGCGUGGGUCAAGCGCGAGGAGCUUGGAGAGGGUACGGCAGAGCUUUUGAAGAGAUUUAUACAGAAUCAGGCAGGGUUCGAGUACAAGAAUCAAAAGGUUCUGCUGUCAGGAUCCAAGACACUAACGCUGGGGGAGACUGUCACCAUCCUGGGGAAAAUUGCGAAGCAUCCUGUGCGCAUCUGCCAGGUUUCGGUGGACGAGUUUGCGAAACAGCCCAAGGUCGCACCGAGCCUCACCUACCAUGGAGUGGAUCAUUCGAAGCUGUGGACAAGUACCUUUGAGGCUUUCCGUCCUGGAGAAGCAGCUUUUGUUUCCCCUCUACUUGGAGAGCUCCUAGGACGCGAGCCGGAAGAUUUUGAGACAACGAUCUCUAGAUCGUGA